AUGGGAAACAAGUGCGGCCACUGCGAUGGCGAGCAUAGUGACCCGGCACCCUGCAAUGCCCAGCCGAGCCGUGCCAAUGCCCUGACGCAGACGGAGCAUGGAGCGGCUUGGUCAGACGGUGAAGACGGCGACGGUGAGCCCGAGCCCCGGGCAGCCCUGGGCCUGCAGGGCGCCGUCUCCCAAACGCUUCCACCUCGUUUGAGCCAGUUGAGCGCAGCCGGCCGGCUAGAGGUGCUGGAGAGAGCCGGCACGCUGGAUGUGGACUUCGAGCUCCUGCGUGCGGUGCCCAUGCGCAGCUGCCCUCAAAGGGCAGGCAGGAUUUGGUCCAAGAAUCCCGCAGACAUCACGCAUGCCAAGCGGGUUGAGUUGUCCGAGAUGUCAGAAGAAGCAAAGUCAUUUGACGUCUUCAUUUCGCACUGCUGGUCAUCUUCGGGGCAUUCGAAGUUUCUGUACCUACUUCUGAGAGAAGGCACUUCGCUAGCGCUGCUAAUCUGGUGCGUGUUUGCCGUUAUCGCCAUGCUGCUUUGCUCGGCUGAAGUCCUCCCAAUGCCCGCAGACUAUGUCAUCAAGAUCCUUAACUUUCGUGAUCCCGCACCUUUCGGCUUUUGGGUGUUCGGUCCAAGCCUGGGUGCCAUGGCUGUCGGGCUAGCACUGACACCCUACCUGCCAUCGAGGAACCUGGCCAGGUGCUUCGUGGACGUGGUUAGCAUCAAUCAGGAGCUGAUGAAGCGUGGGAUCUACAGCACACUCCUGCCGCGCUUGCUUCGUGCUGUGGAGACAUUCUAG